AUGUCUUUCAUUCCGGAAGAAUUCGAAACCAAUGAAAGUGACGAUGAACUAUAUUAUGAAGACUUAUACUUUGAUUCUGAUCUUGAUAACGAAACUGGUGAAGUUGAUAAGGAACAAAGCAAUUCGACAGAAGCAACAUAUUCAAUAAAAAAACAAAAAUUACGAAAAAAAUUAACAGAAGAUGAAUUAUUUUAUGAUCCUAAAAUGGAUGAUGAUGAUGAAUUGUGGAUGAAAAAAAAAUUGGCUCAGUAUGAUACCGAGACAACUGAUCAAACAACAAAAGAAAUAACAAACCAAACGACAAAAGAAACCAUAAACCAAGUAGCAGCAAAAGAAACAGAUGCGAUAUUAUCAUGUCCCAUGUGUUUUACUGUUUUAAGUUAUCAUACUCAAAAGUAA